CCCACGAUGCCUGGGUGGAGCCAUGGUUGCCCCUUCCUCGCUCCCCGCGACGGUCGCCCUGCCCCCUCCCUCCAACUACGCCUUCUCCCUCUCUGCCAAGCCUCAAUCCCUCUCCUCCGCUCUCCGAUGCUCGAGCCCUCCCGCCUCCCUGCGCUCCCGCGCCCCCGUGACCGCCGGAGAGGCCUUUCGUUCCGAGCAAACCCUAGACGCGACGGAGGUCGAUGAGAUACCUGCGGUUGCUGCAAUUCCUCUCGAUGUUAACGCCGAUGCCGACAAGUUUAUCUUUAGUGGUGAAUCAGCAGGCUUUCUUAAAAGGCCGAUAAUACAAAUUUCUUCAAGCCAAAUUGAAGUUUCCAGUGCAUCUCAACAGAAGGUAGUAAUCAGAAACACUCAUGGAGAGAAUCUUGUUGGAAUUUUACAUGAAGCUGGUUCUUGGGAGCUUGUGGUAUUAUGCCAUGGAUUUCGAUCCUCUAAAGAAAGCAAAACUAUUAUGAACCUUGCUGAUGUACUUGUAUCUGAGAAUGUCAGUGUCUUUAGGUUUGAUUUUGCUGGGAAUGGGGAUAGUGAUGGUUCAUUUCAAUAUGGUAAUUAUUGGAGAGAGGUCGAAGACUUGCGGGCCAUAAUUCAAUAUUUCUCAAGGCAGAAUCGUGGAGUGCAUGCCAUCGUUGGGCACAGCAAAGGGGGAAAUGUGGUUCUUUUAUAUGCUUCUAAGUUUCAUGAUAUUUCUACUGUUGUUAAUAUAUCCGGCCGUUUUACUUUGGAGAGAGGCAUUGAUGACCGUCUAGGGAAGGAUUUUAUGGAAAGAAUGAAAAGGGAUGGAUUCAUCGACGUGAUAGACAAGAUGGGAAAAUUCGCCUAUCGGGUGACUGAACAAAGUCUGAUUGAUCGCCUAACCACUGAUAUGCAUACUGCAUGUUUAUCAAUUGACAAGAAUUGCAGGGUCUUGACAGUUCAUGGUUCAGAGGAUGAUAUUGUGCCACCAGAAGAUGCCUCAAAAUUUGAUAAGUUGAUCAUGAACCAUAAGCUGCACAUCAUAGAAGGUGCUGACCACAGAUUCAUAUCACACCAAUUUCAUUUGGCUAGAAUAUUGUUGGAGUUCAUCAGACCUAGUCAAGAUGAGGAUGGUGCAGCAGCAAAAGAGCAAGCCUAACUAGAUUGAAAAAGAAUGUUCACACCUCUUUAUGCACUGAAGAUUAUGAGAAUUAAAAAUAUUGGGUUAAUGGACAAACAUUAAUCUAUUCAGCAUGUCUCCUAAUAGAUGUUUAGAGAGCUCUUACAUUAGGUGUUGGGCAAAUCUUUUGAUGACUUGAAUCAUCAGGUCUUUUUCUGCUAAAGAAUAAAUUGGAGAACAUUAUAUGAUUGUUGCUAGACUUAUAAUAAGAUGUACCACUGGGCGCUUUUAUUUACUUUUGGUGAAAGCUUCCUGGCGAAUUUAAAUAUACUAGCUCAUUUGGGUUUUCUAUC